GCGGUGCCACUUGCACCGAUACCUGCCCGGGGCUUGGGGCAGGGGGGCGCCAGCCAGCGGCCCCUGGUGCAUUGAGCACGGGGGAGGGAGGGUUGCCAGCAGACUCAUUCCCCCAGCUGAGCAAGCAGGGGAGGGACCCCCCCCGCGUGUCUCCCCCCCCCAGCAGCCGGUGACCCCCCCGGGAUGGUCACACCUGGACGCGCUCACUCCUCCCCGGCCCGGCGACCGGGAGACAGGUACCCACCGCUCCGGCCGGCGAGCGCCCCCCCCCCGGGUCCGUGCCCCUGCCAGCCCCCCGGGCGCGGGCAGGCGAUGCCCGGUGUAGAGAAGCCAUAUGAGAUGUCCCCAGUGAUUCCAGCAGCAUUCCUUUCCCUGAGCGACCUCCCCUUGAUCGCACCUUGAGAUGCCCUCCCUGAGCCCCCGUGGCCAACGGAACACUGGACCAUGAAGUCCCCCAGUGCUGUGAUCUGCAGGGAGAAGCCGGCUCUGAGCGUUUACCCUUAUGGCUCUGAACGGGAUGGCUGGGAAGAGGCCAGGGAUGAUGUGGACGUGAACUCAGCCCAGAGCAACUGCACCAUAAGCCACCUGGAGCAAGCUGGUUGGUACUGGGGUCCCCUCACCGCAGCAGAGGCCAGGCGCGUUCUCUGCCCUGCCCUGGAAGGCUCCUUCUUGGUGCGUGACAGCUCCAGCCCAGACAACCUGCUCACCCUGUCGGUCAAAACCUCUGUCGGGCCCACCCACAUCCGGAUCUGCUACAGUGCCGGGCGCUUCGGCUUGGACUCGUCCGUCCUGGCCAAGCCCAAGCUCCAGAGCUUCAAGGAUGCCAUGGCCUUGGUCCAGUUCUACUCCCUGGCCUCCCUGAAGCAAGCCGAGCGGCUGGGGCCAUCGGAGCAGGAGAUCACGUCCCUGUCCAAGGAUCCAGCCAUCCACCUGAAACUGAUCAAGCCCCUGUAUGUUUCUGUGCCGGCCUUGCAGCACCUGUGCAGGCUCGCUAUCAACAGGAGUACCCGGCAGGUCACGGCCCUGCCCUUGCCUGGGAGGCUCAAGGACUACCUGCUGAAGUACCCAUACGUGCUCUGAGAGACCCCGCACCUCUCCAUCCCACCCUGGCAAAACAUGGUGCUCUCCCCGCAACCCACUCCGCUCUGGUGCCAGCACUGAUGGACUCCGAAGGGCCCCUGGUGUCGCUCAGCUGGAGUGCGGCAGAACGUGGCUUCGGGGUCAGGUACAAGUGUGAGGGGCUGAGCGAAAGGCAGGAUCUCCGGAGCUGGGAUCGAAGCAGGCCGGGGGCAGAAAGCGUGGUUUUUUUCAGUCUCUCUCUGGCUCUGGUGUCCCUAGCUAGGGCCGGUAAUAAAAAUUCAUUGUACUAUU